AUGACCAUCCUCUCUAGGCACGAUCGAGCAUUAUUCGAAACAACGAAACGUGUUCUUGCCGAGAUUGUGAACGAAGGACUAGUUUAUGCAAAGCUAGAGUCCACUGCGACGGGAGAGCCACAGAUACUGUGCCUACAGAGUAUACUCAACCCCCAGGAUGGAAGCUUGGUCAAGGUGCCAAUCAAAGCCGGCACUAUCAUCGAGACAAAAGAUGAUCGCGUGGUGUCUGUUGUACGACCAGACAGCUUACAGCCACCUGUGAUUAUUGCGGAUACCGGGCACGGAGAGUUGGACCCAGGGACACUAUUCAAGUUCCUGAGUACCUCGUUCAGCGAUGUCGCUGGUGAGACAGUAGUGGAUGAGAUUGUUCAGGAAUUGCGCAAUUCAGCGGCAAAUCAAGAUAUCCCUGGGAUGCUCAAGCCAACACUGGCGUUUGUUUCUGUUCCACGUGCCAAUCUUCGUGUCACAGGCUACUUUGAGCAAGAGCUGCAACCACUCCUGGAAAGGCUUGAAAUUCCGAAAACAACCAGUGACCGAGUGGUUGUCCCUUGUCUCGCUCAGCAAUUACCCUCUAUUCACCAGAGGUUCCCGGACACCAUCGUUCUAAAGCUUAUCGCGGACUGUGCCGAUGCGCAGGCAUCAAUGCGUACUCUCACCAUACGACCAGAGUUGGAGUUCAAGUAUCACUUGAAGCUCUCAUUGGCUUGCCAGAUAACCUCCGCCCUGCGAACUAUCACUCCGUGGACAACUUGUGGCGGCCCGGUCCAAACAGAGAUCUUGGAGAAUUUACUUCCAAAGGACCUCUGGGUUUUCCGAGAGGUAGCAGCUGUAUCAGGCAGCCAGGAAGAUUUCAACGAGGCGCGCCACCUUUCUUGUAUUUUGCGAGAUAGCCUGGAGACCAGAGCUAGGGAAAAUGAUGAAACUCUUAUCAUUGCCGCAGCAUUGGCCCAGAAGCCUGGUGGAGGCAGUCGUACAUAUGCGGAGAUUUUGUACAGCUUGGAAACAAUCUCCCAGAAAAAGGAAUGGUUCCGAAGAUACGUUACGGUCCUAUUUGAGCUUGUGCUUCCCCCAUUGGUCCAAUAUGGAAUCGGACUAGAAGGCCAUGGGCAGAAUCUUGUGGCCCGUGUUUGCCGUCGGACAGGUCAAAUCAAAGGAUUUGCCGUGCGCGAUUUCGGAGGAGUGAGAAUGCAUGUCCCGACGUUGCGAAACCAUGGCGUGAGAUAUGAUUCGCUGCCCCCCGGAGCAGCCACCUUGACGGAUGACUUGCAGAAUGUGUGGAGCAAGGUAGACCAUUCACUUCUUCAGAACCACGUCGGGCUCCUGCUUGAGUCAUUGGGAUUAGAGAACCAUGGAGGAUGGACAAUUACCCACGAGGUCCUAUCGACAGUCUUGGGGUCAGAUAAAGGCUCUCCCGGGUAUACCUUGUUCGAAUACUUCACCAAGGACACAAUGCCCUUAAAAUGCUUCCUGAGAAUGAGAAUGGAGGGUAAAUACCGUGAUUACAUUGAGAGGGAGGUUCCUAAUUUGCUUCAUGUCACUUAG